AUGAAACGAUGGAUAAAAAUUAGACAAGCUCAGCAACAGGUCGUUCAAUUGGAAAAAGUGGAAGAACCAGUGCAAACUGCAGAGCAGGAUUUUCCGGAAGCUUUCCAAGCAUGUAGAACCGAAGCAGACGCCCCUCAGGAGACUCCAUCGGAAGAUCAGCAAGUCAUCAAAACGGAAUCAAUUGAAAUCUUCCACGAAUUACUUCACCCGGAAGUACCCGCCAAGCCGGACCCAACUCAGGAAAACGUAUUCUGCUGCCUCUGCCUGCGAAUCUACCCGCCGGCCAAAUUUGUCCAAUUCUCGUCCCAGCAGACGUGGAACUGCCUGGACGUGGCCCAAGUCCAGACACAACUAGCCAAUGUUCUGGGCCUACAAAUCGACCUCACCGAGCAAGGAGCCCUUUGCCGGUCCUGUUGGGCCCUCACGGAACUGUUGGCCGACUUUCGGACGUGCUGCUGGAAGGCCGCAGAAUGGCGUGAGCGGUUCACCGUUGGGAUCGAGACCAAGGGAACGUCCAGGGAAGGUUGGCUCAAGAGGGCUGGGGUGGACGUUGUGGCGAAAACGAGGAUGAUUAUCGUAGACCACAUGGAGCAGAUUGAGCAGGCGGAAGUUAAGGCGCGGAUUGAGGCGGAGCAGAUUGUUGGACCGGAUGAGGAUUCGUUUCAAGAUGGUCUGGAUUCAACGGACGAUGGCAAAUCCAAAAUUGUUGAACAAAGCGUUGAAAUGGUUGAAGAAAUUCGGGAAAUUCAAGUCCAUUCGUGUCCAAACUGCCAGCAAAAGUUUGAAGGAAAAAAUAGUAUGAUUAUUCAUUUGCAUUACUGCAAACAGUCAGAUCGAAUAAAGCCAAAGAAACGACACACGUGUCCGAUCUGUUCUGCCGAUUUUAACGCGCCAAAAGAGCUGCAAGAUCACCUCAACAAGCAUAAAGGUAUCAAACCGUACAAGUGUCGAAGGGGAAAUUGCAAUCGUCAUUUCUACACCAAUAAGGAUCGGAUUCGUCACGAAGCAAGAUGUGGCAAGGAGAAGCCAAUCUGCCCGGAAUGUGGCCUUCAGUCAGCCACGCCAGACACGUUGAAGGUCCACAUGGAAACCCACGGAGAGGCGACCCACCCGUGUGAUAUCUGCGGCAAGCUGUUCAAAGCAAAAUCCACCUGCAAAAAACAUCGCUUGAUCCACACCGAUCGGGACUUUCCCUGCAGUGUGUGUAAAAAGUCGCUGAAAUCGACGGCAGCGCUGCGGGUUCAUAUGCGCAUUCACACCCAGGAAAAGCCCCACUUUUGCCACAUCUGCGGCCAGGGAUUCGCGUACAAGUGCUUGGUUAAGCCGCACAUUAAGAGGUGCCACUCGGGAGAGGGUUGACUCGUACUCGACGGAAGUUGUUUAAUGUUGAAAUAAAGUGAAUUGUUGUUAAAAUCUA